AUGGAGCGAAGUCAAGAGUAUGAGAAUACAGCUAGGGCGUCCCCUGUAUGCGACGCGCAGGAGCCUCGCCUGACUGCUGCGAUAAGUGGGAGAAGGCUACCGUGUCCUGGGCGGGCACGGCCAAAGAAGAUAGCCCAAAGAUUUGGUUCCUUAAAUGUGGGGAGCAUGACGGGAAGGAGUAGAGAAGUAGCGGAUGUGAUGAAGAGGAGAAAAAUUAACAUCCUUUGUGUCCAGGAGACUAGAUGGCGAGGUAACAAGGCCAGAGAACUGGGAGAUGGGUACAAGCUCUUUUACAGUGGAGCAAACAAGGAAGGAAGAGGAGGUGUGGGAGUGGUAUUGGAUGCUGAGUGGAAGAAACUCAUUGUAAAUGUAAACAGGUGCAGUGACAGAGUAAUGAGCAUUAAGCUAAUGUAUGGAAAAGACACAAUUAACAUCAUCAGUGCCUACGCACCACAAGUCGGCUGUAGUAGUGAGGAGAAAGAGGAUUUUUGGGAAAAGAUGGAUGCACAAAUCACAGGGAUGGGAGAGGAAGAGAGAAUCAUCCUUGGUGGUGAUCUGAAUGGCCAUGUGGGAAGAAAUAGAAAUGUUAUUGAGAGAAUACAUGGUGGAUGGGGUGUGGGAGAGAGAAAUGAAGAAGGUGAAAAUGUGGUGGAUUUUGCAGUGGCUUUCGACAUGGCAAUCUUGAAUACUUUUUAUAAGAAACAGGAAAAUCAGAUUUGGACAUAUUGCAGUGGAGGAAGAAAAAGUCAGAUUGAUUUCUUAAUGUGUAGGAGAAAUAACUUGAAGGAAAUAAAGAAUUUCAAGGUUAUCAAUGGCGAGAGUGUCGCACCUCAACACAGGCUGAUCGUGAUAGACUACGAGAUGAAAGAGGAAAGAAGGGGAAGACAACAACGAACAUCAAGAAUUAAAUGGUGGAGGUUGAAGGAUGAGGCGUUGAAAGCGGAGUUUAAAACCAAAGUGCUGGACAGUAUGGUAGAAGCUGAAGAUCCAGACACAUGGUGGACAACAAGCAGCAGCCACAUAAUUGAGAUAGGGGAAGAAGUAUUUGGGAAAACAUCAGGCAAGGACGCCCCGCAGGAUAAGGAAUCUUGGUGGUGGAAUAAUGAGGAAGUUUGGGCUAGUAUGAGAAGAAAAGGAGCAUCAGAGAAGUAUGUGAGAGUGAUCCAGGACAUGUACGAAGGCUCAAGGACGAGGGUAAGGAGCAGUGUGGGAGCAACAGAGGAGUUCUGUGUGAGAGUGGGCCUGCACCAGGGAUCUUCUCUGAGCCCAUAUCUGUUCAACCUACUCAUGGAUGACAGUAUUCAAAAUAUAAAGGAGGAGGCACCGUGGACUAUGUUGUUCGCGGAUGACAUCGUCUUGGUGGAUGAAAGUAGAGAUGGUGUGGAGAGAAAGUUGGAGAGAUGGCGACGAGCAUUGGAGGAGAGAGCGGACGGCAACCUGGAUGGAGAGAUCAUUCACCGUAUCCAAUCGGGCUGGAAGAAUUGGAAAAGAACAACUGGAGUGCUCUGUGACCGAAAAAUUAGUGCAAGACUACAUGGUGAUGACGUACGUGAUGAUCCGCCUCACUGCCUGUAUCUGGACCCGCCCCCAGACUCACUUCCGCUUAGGACCCCUGCUUCAUUCCACGUUGAGUGA